CCACCUUAACUUUGGAUGGAUAGAUAGUGAGGCCGGGCGUUGUCGAUGAGAAGCAAAGCUCCGGAUAGUAAUUGCUAUUGAAUUCGCUCGUUCAGCAUGUCUCAUACGACAGAGGCAACCCGGGGUAGGCCGCGUUCCCAGGAAUCCUCCGGUUGGUUUACCAUACCAGCUCCUCUAGCCCGGCUGUUCAAGCAAUUUCCGCUCCUGACGUACCCCCCCAACGAACUCCCUGCUCGUUCGCCAGAUGUUAGGGACACGCCCACGCUUUACGUGUUCAUAUCGGACGAGGACGCCUUGAAGGGGCUACCGAGCUUCAAUCCAUCCUGUUUGAAGUGGCAAACGUUUCUGAAACUUGCCGGUGUCGAUUUUCAUGUUCGAUCCUCCAACAACCACGCUUCUCCUACCGGCGCACUGCCGUUCCUCUUACCACCAUAUACGCCUAGCGACCCGAGGUCACAAAGACCAGUUCCAUCGAAUAAGCUGGAGCAGUAUGCUCUUGACAACGGCAAAUCCAAGUCCCCAGAGAGCUCAGGCAGCACGAAACUAGAUGCUUACGAGUCGUUACUUGAUCAUGGUAUACGGAAUGCCUGGCUCUAUACAUUAUACCUGUCGCCCGCAAACCUUGGUCUUCUCACCCAGCUUUAUAUUGCGCCGACAACAUCAUCGCCGCCCGUCAGAGCCACUAUUCUGUAUCAACUAAGACACGCCGCUGAAUCAGAGAUAUUAAAAUCCACAAGCAGAGAUGCCAUAAGCCCAACAUAUCUAUACCAUGGGGCGAGAGAAGCAUUCCGCGCUCUGAAUGCACUCCUCGCUGACGAGGAGUGGUUCUUCGGGAGCAGGACCCCAGGACUCUUCGACGCCACCGUGUUCUCCUACACCUACCUCAUUCUACAUGACGAGCUACCAUGGGAGAACCAGCGAUUGAAAGACAUUCUCAGCGAAUUCCCUCGACUUGUCAAUCAUCGGAAUAGAAUAUUCCAAAGGUGUUGGUCAGCUGGCGCAUAAAGCCACUACGAAGCACUCUACUUCCCUUGACUAAAACGGGGAAAGAUACAACGAACAAGCUGUAACGACUUUAUUCCUAGCGACAUUUUGUUCUGCAGAUUUUUUGCAGAAGUGGAAAAAAACACUACCACUACCGACACUAGUAGUAGUGAUGUACAUCACAUAUUUAUAAGACUACCUACAUACCUUAAAGUUAGCUUCCACAGAGGGUCAGGGGAGCUGGUAAUAUCCAAAAUGCACAAGCACAACGCGGGCUAGAUGUAUCAUUAACUCUAAUUAAUUUCAUCUCGCCGAUAUAAGCCCUGCAUCUUGGAAUCGCUCGCGUAUCCUCAUUCUCCCGCGACCGGUAAAUAUGUAGGGGGGUUAACCGACUGGUGGUUGGUUCACGGUU